CCCUGUAGACGCGCGCAACUUGAUUCAGGAAGUACGCUUUUUUUUUUACCUUCCAGUUGUUUGUAUCGAGAAAAACGUUAAGGAUCAAGAAGCCGAGAGGUUUGAUCGGUGAAUAACGAACACAGCCCGGCUGAAAAUGUCCGCUGGUCGCGAGUCUACACAUGUAUCGUCGCUUGGGAAGGGCGACAGCUUACAUCAGCAUGUUCUCGCCUCCUUCCCUCUGUGUGACCUCACAGAGGAGGAUCUGACCCAGAACCCUCAGUUCUGUAAACUCCUGGCCACCCUGACUCAACAUUUGGACCAAACUGGACUCACUGUCCCGCUGAAAACAGAGCUGGACAAGGCUGAGCAGAAGCUGCAGAGCCAGAGGCGUCAGUGGCUGCGCUCCGAGAGCCUCCACAAAGGACUUCAGGAGAUGAUCCAGGACCACUGUAUCAGGAAGCACCACGCCACCACACCCCCCGACCAGAACAUGUUCUUUGAGACUAUGGAGAAGUCUCUGCUGGUGUCUCAGUGUAUCAGACAGCUGGAUCUCAGCAGCACUACCAACCAGGAGCAGGCCUCUAUUCUGGGUCUGACCCCCCAUCACGUGAUGGAGCUCAUGCCGUUAGAGAAGAAUGUUCAAAGAAUGAAACAGGGUCUUCCCAGAGAGCUGGAGAAACAUCUGAAGAAGAAGUGUUUGAGCCUCCUCUCCUACUAUCAACCUGAAUGGGAGGGCGAGAGUGAAGGUCUGAAGAGCAGCAAGUUGUUUCAUCUGUCAGCCCAGCUGGACAAAGAGAAGAAAAGAGCAGAGAGUCUGAAGGAGACGUGCAGGGAAAACUCAGUUCUCCUGCAAAGACAGACUCAACUCUACCUCUCUGAGCUGAUAAAGUGUAUUCAGCUUCUCCAGUCUCUCAUCUUGGACCACAGGCUGAGAAUUCAGACAGAUUUAGACAGGAAGAAGUUGGACUACUUUGAGGGAAAAUGUGAAUUAGUCUUACAGAAAAUCAAGACUGAGAUGGUGGAAAUUCAGCUGGACACGUACACAGUCGACUCAAUAUCUGCUCAUAAAAAAAUAAGAGAGAAGCUGGACUCUGAGCUGAAGGCCUGUCAGGCGGAGAAGCAGUCCGUUGAGUUAAAACUGGCUUCCUUUGAGAUCUUGGGCAAAGAUUUCGAAGCCCUGGCUGAAGAGUACUGCAGAUUACGGCAGGAGAUAGAGAUGAAAAACUGGGCUCUCAAGGAGUUCACCCAGUACAAUGACAAGUGAAGAUCAAAUCUGACGUCGGGACGAUGGCCAAACAUUCCCUAUUCAUAGUGUGUCCUCACUCAUAAUGGCAUGCUUUCUUUUGGACAUUUCGCAUGGAAACUGUUGGAUUACAGGAACUAUGUAGCACACAUGUACAGCAGUGAGUGAACUAACUACAGAGUCCUAUUAGCGCCCUUAAAUUAACUUGAAUAAAGCCAGUUUUCCUAAAAUAGUAAACUUCUUUCGUACAUCACCAUGGUAAUUUUGCUUUCAUUGUGUCUACCUGAACCCAAUUAGAGUUCAAGCGUUGUUCAUCAUCACUCCUGUGUAAUAAGAUGCAGUUUUACACUUAACUUUAACUGCAUGUGUCUCCAUGGGCACAUUUGAAUGCUUUCUUAUCAGUUUAAGGAAGUGAGACUCUAUAUUCAGACUGACAAUGCAAAGUACCUUUGCACUAAAAAACAAAAUACAUCAGGUAACAGUAAAUUGUGCCAAACGUUGGGUAAGCAUUGCUAUGUAAAUAAACCAAAAUAAAAUUCAAAUAAAGCAUAACCAGGAAUCUAAA